CUCCACUCUCCAGUAUGCCCCCGGCCGCUGCAGGAGGACGUCGAAACGUCUUCAGUUUCUGGGAAUACCCGUUCUACCCAUGGUGCGAUUAGUGUGAUGUGACCCGCUAUGGAUUUAUCAGCUGCAGUUGUAUUUUUGACGAUCCUGUCAUCGUUUUCAUGCCAGGCACUGACCGCAAACCUCUCUACAGCUUGCCCAUUCAAUAGCCUGUGCAAAUGUACUUUGUAUGCAAAUAUCGAGGGCAUACCCCACUACAAGUCGCUAAAAUCUUUCAAUGAAAUAUCCUGCAAUGAUGUACCAUUUACAAAACUACCAGACAUUCCACACUAUAACGUGACCAAAUUAAGUAUUGUAGGAUGUGGAUUGGAGAUUCUCGAAGACUAUUCUCUUGGAAAUAUGAAACUAAAAUCACUUAGUUUUGCUAAUAACAAUUUAAUGAUGCUCUCUCCAAAAGCCUUAUUCCCAUCAAAUGAGACACUUCAGGCGUUAGAUUUCAGUUAUAACUCAUUACAUACGAUCCCUGAGGAAAUGAUUAACGGUCUUUUAAAUUUGAAAAUUCUUAGUUUGGAAAGCAAUUCAAUAGCAUCAUUAAAAGCCAACUGGGGGAAUUUGAAGAAUACCCUUCAGUCUUUGUUUUUAGGAAAGAACGAGUUAAGCUUCCUGCAAUUAAACUUCAACUUUACUCUUUCCAAUUUCCGACAAAUGAUUUCCUUAAAUAUCGACAAUAAUUUCCUAACAUCUUUGGAAGAAAAUUCGCUGCCUUUCUCUUUAAAAUCUUUGAGCGUUGAACACAAUCUCAUAGACAACUUUCCAUCUGAUCUUGUUGAUAAUCUGAAGCAAUUGCAGAAAUUGAACUUAAAAGACAAUUACAUUAGAUAUUUACCUAUUUAUUCCUUUAAAAGCAGACAACCGUUAAUGUAUCUUGAUUUGUCUAAUAAUCUUUUGACUUCUGUUACUGAAGUGUUUGGUAGAACGAUCAGAAUUGAUGAUUUGGACUUGAGUUACAACCAGAUUGGCUCAAUACCUUCAAAACCGUUUAAUGGGCUUUCUUGUUCUAAAAUCAAUUUGUCUCACAACAAAAUCACUUCUUUAUCUGAAAAAGCAUUUUAUGGACUUUCAUACACUCUCGAAUCUUUAGAUCUAACUCAUAACAUCCUGACGAAAUUUCCCAAAGCCUUAACACGAAUGAAAAAGCUGAAGUAUCUAUCUCUGAAAAGAAACUAUAUUUCUUCUAUGCCAGAUCGUGUGCUUAGGAAUUCUUCUAAUUCGCUCAACUAUCUUUCUUUGUCCCACAAUAGUUUUCAUUCCAUUCCAAAAUACGCUUUGAGAAAUUUAAAAAAAUUGACCACUUUGUCAUGCGCAUACAAUAAAAUUUCGAGCAUUUCAAGCUCAGACUUUUCCCAUUGGGGGGACAGAUUGCAGUCUCUUUCAUUGAGUAGCAAUAGAUUUUCACAACUAGAGAACAAUGUUUUUAAAAGUUUACCUCGACUGUUGACAUUGAAACUUCCUUUCAACACAAUCACUACUUUGAAUGAUAAAGCUUUCGCUAAUUUAAACAACCUUCAAAUGUUAGAUUUAGGGUAUAGUUUGAGAAAUAUUACAUUUCAAGGGAAAACUAUUAAAACUCUUUCCAAUCUCAGGGACAUUUAUCUUGACAACAAUAGGCUGAGCAAAUUGCCUGAAAAAGGGAUUGACCAUUUGCGCUUACUGACAACGUUUAAUGCAGACUUUAACGAACUCAAUCACAUCCCUUCUGAUUUUUUCAAAAGCAAUUUUCACAUCAAUCUUAUGGAUGUUAGAUUUUCAUUUAAUAAAAUCACAUACAUUGAUAUUCACACAUUUUCAGGGUUGAAGUCAUUAAAAUAUAUUGCGUUGAGCCACAAUCAAAUUACCACAAUUAGUGCUGAAGCUUUCAAAAAUUUGCCCUCCAAACUUAUAAUAAUAUUAUCUUAUAAUAAGUUAAUAAAUAUUGGUAACAGAACAUUUAUGAACCUUCCAAAUUUGGCAGAAUUAGACCUUCAUAGCAAUGAUUUAAAAGAUAUAAAUUGGCAGAUGUUUGAUAAUGUCACAAGUUAUGUUCAUCCUAUGACUCUUAAUUUAUCACAUAAUCGUAUUGAAAACACUCCUUUUGAAAUUGUAUCAUCUUCAGAUCAAAAUUGGCAUCCUCAAUUUAUCGCCAGUGCGAUUCACAUUGAAAAAAUUGACCUCAGUCAUAAUAACUUUAGAGCUGUACCAUUCGAAUCUUUGAGGGCCAUUAACAGUUCUCUUAAAAUAAUUGACCUUGGAUACAAUUACAUUAAAACUUUACACAACAAUCCAUUUCUGUCUCUUUCAAACCUUGAAAUAUUAAAUCUGGAGCAUAACAUGAUUGAUGACAUAAGGGGAUCUAAAUUUGAGCAACUUAGUAAACUUCAGAUAUUAGAUUUAUCACACAAUCAUAUUUCCACCAUACUUGCAGAUCAGUUUUCAAAGUUAAACGAACUCAGAGUGUUAGACCUGUCAAAUAAUUAUUUCAGUGCAUUGCCUGGUGAAGUUUUCAAAAGCACCAAAUUGGAAAGGCUGAUAUUGAAAGGCAACCAAUUGGUUUCUGUGCCAUCCCAGGCUCUCGUACCAAUCAGUCACACGUUAGGAAUUUUGGAUAUUGCAAAUAAUAAAAUUCAGAAUAUGGAAGUGGACCAAUUUACAAAUGUGCCUAUGUUGACUGAGCUUAAUUUGUGUUCUAAUUCUUUCACCCACGUACGGAUGGAAAUGUUUCGUAAUUUGAACUUUUUGCUAACCCUCCGACUGUGUUCUAAUAGGCUGGCAGGUCUGGAGUAUUUCCAACACUUUAACAGUUUACGCAAUUUAGACUUUGCAGAUAGUUCUUUAAAGAAAAUCCCAUUUUUGGAACAAGUAAAUCUAGUUUCUUUGAAUUUAUCUAACAAUGUAAUAACUGAGUUAAACCCUGGCUUCCUUUUUGGUAUUCCAAAUUUGAGAAAAUUAGAUCUCAGCCACAAUAAUAUCACCACUUUAAUCAAUCCAAGAUGGAAUGAGGCUGAAAAUUUAAAUGAACUUGACCUUUCAUCAAAUCCCAUUGAGGUAUUGACAAGUGAUAGCUUUUUUGGGCUUCGCAAUUUAAAAGUGCUGAAUGUACAAAAUCUACACAGACUAAAACGAUUCGAUGCAGACACUUUGUCCACUUGCAAACUUUUGGUGUCCUUGAAAAUCCAGUCAUGGCCGAACAUAGAAAAGUAUCGCUUCAGGCUCCCGAGCAUACUUUCCAAUGUUCCUCACCUCAAAAAACUCCAUGUCAAGAUCGUUGAAGACAAACUGACAGACCAGCUUGUUGGCACGCUCCCGCCCAAGUUGAAAGUACUUGAAGUGACGGGUGAGAACUUGACUGAGAUAAAUGGUGAUGCUCUUAAAGGGUUGCACCCUAUCAAGGAGAUGCUGAUUAGAUUUACUGGAACAAACAUAACUACUUUCCCACCGAUGUUCUUCACUAAAUUCAUAAAUAUGAAAGCCACCAUUGACUUAAGAGGCAAUAACAUCAGAAUGAUGGGACCCGAAAGCUUCUAUAAAACGCCUGCUUCUUUACAAUACCUCGGGACACAAGCUUACUCAGGUGGCAUUCAUGUGCAGCAUAAUUAUCUCAUGUGUGGAUGUGAGGCUUCAUGGAUGGGGCAGUGGCUGAGAAGGUACAUUCGUGAAACGCUGCUCGUUCAUACCAAAAAUGUCAGAUAUAGCAGGAGCAUAUAUGAAAACAUGUUGGAGUUGACUUGCCUGGAUGAGUUUACAGGUGCCAACAUGAAGCUAAUCAGUUAUGAGCAAUCUGGCUGUUAUGUUAGCCGUUCAGCAAUAAUACAAAUUAAUUCUGUACUUAUUUUGAUUUCUGCUGCAAUAAGUUUACUCAAAAUACAUUGAAACAUUGGAUGUGUAUACGUGGUUAGAUAAGUCCAGUCAUAUUGUUAAUAUAAACAAAGAUGUUGAUAUAGUUUUUUGUAAUUGUAUCUUGUUGUAAAAUUUAAAUUGGCCUUUUUAAGCUAUAUUAUAUUAAAACAUAUGCAUGUUGCCACCACAGACGAUUUUUUGAAAAUAUUGUAAAUAUAAUUUAAGACAAAAUGAACUUAUCUAUAUUUUAUAGAAGUUUUAUUUUAUUUUAACUAUAUUCUCUGCAGGAAUUUGGCUAUAACCAACCUUAUUGAGGUACUAGUUAGUAUAUAGAGUAGUUUGUAUAUACACAUAUAAGUACGAUAGGGAACAAUCCAGCUGCAGACAAAUAAUUCAAAGUGCCUGUUAUUUUGUAUUGUCUCAGCAUAAAUGUUUCACUCGAUUUUAUAUGCAUUUCUAGUCAAGCCCAUUUACCUCAUAACGAUGCCAAAAGAUGGGAAUAUAUAGUAUGCUAAGUUUGAAAGGCUGUGAGUAGUCGAAGAAUGCAUUUCUACAGUUGAACGAUACAGUUUUAAGCAACAGUAAUACAUUUUAUUUAUUCUUUUUUUAUUAUCUUCUAAUAAAUGUUAGUUCAAACGUGUAAACGUUAUACACCAAAUUAAAUCUUGCAUUGUAUAAAAAGUAUUCCAUACUUUGCACAUUGCGUAUAAGUGUGAUAUAUUGCAUAGUUUUAAGAAAUAAAUUCUUAUUCACAUUUUGUAUGUAUAUAUUGUCAAAUAAAAAUGUAAUAUUUCUUUA